AUGCUGUUACUACUCAAUGUCGUCCUCACCCUGUGGGUUUCCUGUGCUCAUGCACAAGGUAAAACGUGUGAUUUUCCAGAGAUAAAACAUGGAACCAUAUAUGAUGAAAACAGUUACAAACAAAUCUUCCCAGUUGACAUAGGGAAAUAUUUCUACUACACCUGUGAUCACAGCUUUGUGUCCCCUUCACAAUUACUCUGGAAUCGAAUAAUCUGUACACAGGAAGGAUGGUCACCAAGACCAAAGUGUCUCAGACAGUGCUUUUUCCCUUGGGUGGAAAAUGGUCAUUCUGCAUCUUCAGGACAAACGCACCAGGAAGGUGACACUGUACAAAUUGUGUGUGACACUGGCUAUAGCCUCCCAAAUAAUUGGAGCAGCGUUACAUGUGCGGAAGAUGGCUGGUCCUCCCCUCCUAAGUGCAGUCGUGGCUACUCUCAAGGAAAAUGUGGGCCUCCCCCACCAAUAGACAACGGAGACAUUACCUCAUUCCCGGCACCAGUAUAUCUUCCAGGAUCGACAGUUGAGUACCAAUGCCAGUCCUACUAUGAACUUCAGGGAAACAGAUACGUAGUAUGUCAGAAUGGAGAGUGGUCAGAACCACCAAAAUGCUUAGAUGCAUGUGUAAUUUCAGAAGAAAUUAUGAAAAAACAUAACAUCCAGUUAAAAUGGAGACGUGAUAAAAAACUUUAUUCUAAAACAGAUGACACUGUUGAAUUUACGUGUAAACGUGGAUAUUAUCCAAGGACACGAAAUCAUACAUUUCGAACAUCCUGUCAGGAAGGAAAACUGGCAUAUCCUACUUGUGGAUGAAACAGUGGUU